AGUACUUGGAGGAGAAAGAGGACUUGGAGUUAAAGUGCUCUACCCUGGCAAAGGACUGUGAAAUGUACAAGCAUCGAAUGAACACUGUUAUGGUACAAUUAGAGGAAGUCGAGAAGGAACGUGAUCAGGUAUUAAAUAUAUAUUCAGUAUAUGAAAAAAAAUUAAAAAAUGAUACGCCUACUAUUGUCCAAUAAUAUGUAGGUUAACAGCCAGUGACACAUUUCAGGAUUUUACAUUAAGUAAUUUUAAAUUGAUGCUAUAUUUACUAGUUUUUUAAUUACUAACAAUUAGCAAUACGAACACAUUUUUCAAUAGAUAAUAUGUAUGAUAUCUUACUGGGGUGUCAUUGGAACAGGAUAUUUAAUUUUGGACACAUUAAUAACAGAUUAUAUUUCUGAAUUUGAAAAAUAAGUUAUUUCAAAUUUAGUGUUUUUAGUUUUUGCAAGGUAUAUCGGGGUACAGAAGAGAAAAGGGAAGAGAUUACAUUGUUUGCGUUAAGAAUAACAGCAGUGUUUUUUUGUUUGUUUUUUGUCCUUGGGCCCACACGAUGAAAAUAUAAAUAUAUAUACAUCGGAUUCGAUUGCCCCACCCAUGAGCUUCCACUUUAAGGUCAGGUAUAGACCUUAGCCCUAGACAAUAUGCGAUACUGUCAAGGCUUACAGGUUGAGGGGAUAUUUAGUCACCUCAAUAGGAAGUAUGAAUGUGUAUGGGUUUCUCUGUAUUCUGAGAACUCAGGUGUGUGUGGUAGAUGUGGGAGGGAUGGCAGCAGAAGUAGGAGUAACACGAUAAUGAUUAAGAUCUGAAGUGUAUUUCAUUAAUAUGUUAAGGGGUUAAAUACCCCUUAUAAUGUUGAAGGAACUGCUCAAAAAAAAGGAAUAGAUAUAGCGAUGUUGCAAGAGACUCACUGGAAUAAAGUUGAUAAGGUGGAAAGACGAGGGUCUUUGGAUAGGAAAAAGAAAAGAGGGGUGGCUAUAAUCUUCUCGAAAAGAAUAAAUAAAGAAGUUAUAUAUGAAGAAGUAGAUAUAGAGGGCCGGUAUCAGAUAUUAAUAUGUAAGAUGGAGGAGAAAGUCUAUACUUUGGUAAAUAUAUACCUUGCAAAUGUACUACCAACUAAAUAUUUUAAAAUGAUCAUAGAAAAAGUAGAUAAGGUUAAAAUAGGGCUACUUGUUAUUUCGGGUGACUUUAACUGUGCUAGAUACAGAUCUAGAUAAAAAAACAAAAAAUAAAAAACCGAUAACUAAAAAUCUGAGAAAUCAAGCUAGGAUAUUGAGAAAUAUACUUCAAGAAAACAACCUAUUAGACAUAUGGAGGGUAUAUAAUCCAGAAGAAAAAGAAUAUACGCACUUCUCAAAAGUACAUUCUUCUCUUUCUAGAAUAGAUUUUGUAUUGGGUGAAGCAAAGCUAGUAGACCAAAUCAAAGAUAUACAUAUACAAGAUAUACACAAGAGAAUAUAUGGUCAGACCAUAGCUAUAUUAUUUUUAAUACAAAAGCUGAUAAAACAAUAUAGAUCCAAUAUGACUUGGCGUCUAGAUAAUAUUCUGAAUAAUAGGGCAGACCAACCCCUGAUAGAGAGCUAAAAAUUAGCAUGUAUGCAGAUGACACAAUUCUGACUCUUACAGAUCCUACUCAAUCGGUCAAUAACUUGAUGAAGGAAAUAGAAGCAUAUGGCAAUAUUUCAAAUUAUAAGAUAAAUACAGAAAAAACAAUAGUGAUGUUUAAAAAUUGUAAGAGAGUGGAAGAAUGAAUUUAUAAAGACCUAUGGUUUUACGGACGCUAACGGUGGCUUUGAAUAUUUGGGAGUUGCUAAUAACUGAUAAAAUAGAAAAUAUGAUAGAGAUUAAUUUUCCAAGGCUAUUGAAAUCCACCGGGAUAUCAUUAAAAAAGUGGAAUCAUUUGUUUUUUAGUUGGAUGGGAAGGAUAAACAUAAUAAAUGUGUGCAUAGUUCCAAGAUGGACCUACUUUUUUAGAAUGGUUCCCUUAAAAAUUCCCUUACCAUGGUUGGAGAUAAUACAAAGGAUUUUUAAGAAUUUUAUUUGGAAAGGGAAAAAACAUUGUAUUAGUUUAGAACAAUUAACGAAUACUAUAGGGCAAGGAGGGGUAAACUUCCCAAAUAUUGUAAGACAUUACAAAGCCACUUUCGUAGGGAAAUCCCUUGAUAAGGGUAAUACAACAUGUAGUGGUCUCAUAAAGCAAUUUCUUGGAAGUGAAAGCCCUAGGAAAAAUAUGGCUAUUUGCUAUGCAUUGAUAAGAUCGGCUCCUAAAGACAUAAGGUCUAAACAAAUAAAAAGAUGGGAAAAGGAAUGUAACUUAAAGAUUGAUUUCACGAGCUGGGGUAAUAUGAUGGUAAAGGUAAAAAAUAUUCAUAAUAUGAUUCUGUUUGAGACGCAUUAUAAAAUAUGUUAUCGUUGGUAUUUAGUUCCAAGCAGACUAAAUAGAAUUGACCAUAAGGAGUCUGAUAUUUGUUGGAGAUGUGGGAGUGAAAUUGGAAGCUUUAUCCAUAUCUGGUGGAGUUGUAAAUUAAUUAAGAAACUAUGGGAUGAGGUUUUCAGAAGAUUAUGUGUUUGGGAUAAAAUUGAUAGAACAAUCUCCAACUUUGGCGCUUCUACAUCUCCACUGGCCUGAUAUAUCAUCAUAUCAACAAUUUUUAACUAUUCAUUCAUUCAUGGCAGUGAAGAUUCUGAUAGCAAGAAGCUGGAAAAAUUAUAUGGUUAUUGAUUGUAAACAUUGGGAGAAACAGAUCAAGAAUGAGAUAGGUGUGUAUAUAUAGGGGGAAAGAUAAUGUACAGAAAUAUGAGAUGGGAAUAAAGUGUUUACAAAUUAUAGAAGAUUGUAGAAAAGUAGGAGUAGUUCACUUCAGUUAUUGAGCUGUUAAAGAAUAAGAGACAUAAAAUGUUUCCUAUGUAUGCUGUGUCCUUAUCCCACUUUUUAUGUGUAUGAAGUAAUUGUCUAGAUUGACUGUUAGAUAUUUAUUUUAUUUUUUAUUUUUUUUAUUUGGUAUGAGAUAUUUGUAAUUUAUUCUUAUGUAAAUCCAAAUAAAGAUUUAUACUGGGAAAAAAAAAUAAAAUAACAGCAGUGUUUACAACAUUACAUGCAUUGAGAACAAAUCCUUGUUUGGGGUACAGUGCAUCGGUUGUUGAGCGACUUAACAUAGUUUGCUAACCAAGUAUACCUUGACUAUUCACAUAUGAUCCCAGUUUUCUGGUCAUGGGAAAAUGGUGUCUGUCACGCAUUAUUGAUUUUCAAACCAGUGUCUUAACUAGAACCAGGUUCCAUUUCUCCAGUCUUUACAUAGUGCAGCUAUGUUAAAGUGUUCACUCGCUUAUAGCUUUGGGGUAGUUACAGUUAUUGGUAAAUGAAUAUUCUGUGUGUGUAUAGAGCCACCUGAGCUGGGACAAGUUAGAUGUGUACGGCUUCAGGGGUGCAACUUGUAGUCCCAAUUUUGUGAUUCGGAAUUAUGUUUCAAGGAAGGUGUCAUAACUGAGAAUAGUUAGGGAUAACUGGGGGUUGCGGUAGGUGUUGAGGUUGAUUAGUGUACCAUGUGGUGAUUAGGUAUUUGGAGUUUAUACCGGGUUGGAGAAGGUGGUCUGAGACACCAUAGAUGGAGCCAUGGACUACCGGGACAACGGACGAAGUGGUUCACUUAUCUUUAAUAAUUUUUUUCUCUAUAUUCCCUUUCUCACACUCGCCAUGUGGCAUCAAAUUUCAGUUUGUGUUGUGCUGAAGUGAGCGACAUCUUUUCAUAGGUAUAAAAUUGAUUCAGCUUGUCAAGUAUUUGGGUCAGUGAGGGGCACUCAGGGGAUUUCCACCUCUGUGCCAGUAGCACCAGCGCUGUGACCUGUUUUUCACCUAAGGUGAGGUGUAGGUAACAAUAGCAAUAGACGAAUUAAAUGUGACAUUGAGGUUAAUGUGAAGUCUGGGAUUUCUAGUGUAUCUAAAAUGGUACAAGUUAGGGUCCAUAGAGGAUGGAUAUCUUCACAGGACCAUCAGAUAUGCAGCAGUGUGCCUGUUUCUUUAUUACAUCUCCAGCAAAUGAGCGAUGGUUUUGGAAAUAUAAAAGUCUCUCUGAGGGGUCAUGUAACAACAUAGAAACAUAGAAUGUGACGGCAGAUAAGAACCAUUCGGCCCAUCUAGUCUGCCCAAUUUUCUAAAUACUUUCAUUAGUCCCUAGCCUUAUCUUAUAGUUAGGAUAGCCUUAUGCCUAUCCCACGCAUGCUUAAACUCCUUUACUGUGUUAACCUCUACCACUUCAGCUGGAAGGCUAUUCCAUGCAUCCACUACCCUCUCAGUAAAGUAAUACUUCCUGAUAUUAUUUUUAAACCUUUGUCCCUCUAAUUUAAGACUAUGUCCUCUCGUUGUGGUAGUUUUUCUUCUAACAAUAGUCUCCUCCUUUACUGUGUUGAUUCCCUUUAUGUAUUUAAAUGUUUCUAUCAUAUCCCGCCUUUCUCGUCUUUCCUCCAAGCUAUACAUGUUAAGAUCCUUUAACCUUUCCUGGUAAGUUUUAUCCCGCAAUCCAUGAACCAGUUUAGUAGCCCUUCUCUGAACCCUCUCUAAGGUAUCAAUAUCCUUCUGAAGAUACGGUCUCCAGUACUGUGUACAAUACUCCAAGUGAGGUCUCACCAGUGUUCUGUACAAUGGCAUGAGCACUUCCCUCUUUCUACUGCUAAUACCUCUCCCUAUACAACCAAGCAUUCUGCUAGCAUUUCCUGCUGCUCUAUUACAUUGUCUGCCUACCUUUAAGUCAUCAGAAAUAAUCACCCCUAAAUUCCUUUCCUUAUAUGUUGAGGUUAGGACUCUAUCAAAUAUUCUGUACUCUGCCCUUGGGUUUUUACAUCCAAGAUGCAUUAUCUUGCACUUAUCCACAUUAAAUGUCAGUUGCCACAAUUCUGACAAUUUUUCUAGUUUACCUAAAUCAUUUGCCAUUUGGUUUAUCCCUCCUGGAACAUCAACCCUGUUACACAUCUUAGUAUCAUCAGCAAAAAGACAUGCCUUACCAUCAAAACCUUCUGCAAUAUCACUAAUAAAAAUAUUAAAGAGAAUGGAUCCAAGAACAGAUCCCUGAGGUACCCCACUGGUGACAAGUCCAAGCUUCGAAUAUAUUCCAUUAACUACAACCCUCUGUUGCCUGUCACUCAGCCACUGCUUUACCCAUUCAACAAUAUUGGAAUCCAAACUUAAAGAUUGCAGUUUAUUAAUAAGCCUUCUAUGUGUAACAGUGUCAAAAGCCUUACUGAAAUCUAACGGUACAUAAGCUUCCUAUGGGACUCUAUGUGUGAGAAGCACCGAGUCCAUUUAGACAGUCCGUUCAGAGCAUGGAGCCAGUCAUCAUCUGUUAAUGUCCUGUGGCAGUCUGCUUCCCAUUGGGCCUUGUGUGCUCGGUGCAUAGGUGGUAUAGUCUUUUGCCAUGCUUUGUAACACAGCGCUAAUGCCUUUGGUUUAGUCGGUGCAGACCAGCAUCUGUCCAUAAGUAGCUUUGGGAUUACCCACUUGGGGUCUUGUGUGGUGGGGAUGGGUAAUGCAUGUGUUACGAGGAUACUCUUUAACUGUAAGUAGGAAAAAAAUCGCUUAAUUCGGUAAUUGCCAUUUAGUCUGUAGCUCGGUGAAGGGGAUUAUGUCAUUAUCCCUCAUCAGCUGAUGUAUGUGAGUGAUUCCUGUUGUGAACCAGUCUGCUAGAGGGAUGUCUUUUGACACCGCUCUAAGAGCUGAAAGAGGUGCUUUGGUAUGUGUCUUUGUAGCCCAUGGUGAGGAAAUAUUUGUUCCACAUCCCUACCAUGUGUUGGGUAGUCGGGAAUAAAAUGGGCUUUUGUUUUGAGUCAUCUUGGUGUCCAUAAAUCAAUAAGUGAUUGCUCUGGGCACAGUGCCUUUUCCAUGUCCGUCCAUUGUAUAAUAGUGGGCUGAGAGUGGAGGAGGACCCCUGCUUUAAAAUAUUGUCCAAUCUUUGGAAGGCCCACGCCAUCAUGUUUGGGUGCGGUUUGUAGAAGUGCUAAUGAUACUCUUCCCCUCCCAAAUAAAUGAGCCACAUAGUUUCUGUAAAACGUUACAGUAUUGUUUGGGGAGUUUAAGAGUUAACAUUCUAAUUAUAUAUAAAAUGAGGGGGAGUAUCAUCAUCAUUUUAUAAGCAUUUAUUUUCCCCAUCCAUGAAAGCAUCACAUAUAAGGGGGUUAUAAUUUAGUUUCACUGUCAAAGGUAUUGAGGGAGCUAUUUUUACCCCUAGGUAUGUGAUGGAUGUUGAUCUCCAGUCAAAUUGGAAUUUGUUGCGUAGGGAAUCUUUUAAUGGCUUGGGGAGUCCUAUCGAUAGGGCUUCGGUUUUGUCUUGGUUUAGUCGGUAGUGAGAUUACUUUCCGAAUUGUCGCACAGCCUCAUUAGGUGGGGUAUAGAUUGUUGCAGAUUGGAGAUAGCAACAAAUAUAUCAUCGGCAAAAAGCGCUAGGCUGUAUGACCUGCCAUGGAUAUGGAUGCCGUGGAUGUCAGGGUGUGUGCAGAUCUUAUGUAUUAAUGGCUCUAGAGAUAGAAUAUACAAGAGGGGUGAAAGUGGGCACCCCUGCCUGGUUCCGUUUGUUAUUGCGAAUGGUUGAGACAAGAACCCCCCCAUGUGACCCUCUAGCUGCUGGGGCACUAUAGAGGGCCAUGAUACUUCUUAUAACACUUUCAGGGAAAUUAAAUUUCUUUAACACUUCGAUCAUAUAGGUCCAGUUUAGUCGAUCGAAGGCCUUUCCGGCGUCCAGCGUUUUUUAUUUAGUGUGGAUACUAUGUUUAAGAUCCUUCUGGUAUUAUCAGAACCCUGGCGUCCUUUAACGAAUCUGGAUUGAUCGUUGUUUAUAAGUUUAUAUAGGAUCAGCGCUAAUGUAUUGCUAAGGAGUUUUGCUUAUAUUUUUGCAUCCCCAUUGAGUAAAGAGAUGGGUCGAAAGGUCUUGCAUUGUGUCGGUGGUUUACCUGGUUUAGGAAGGGUUGAGAUGUGCGCUACCAACAUCUCUUCUGGAAGGGCACCUUUCUCAGCGCUCUGGUUAAGGACCCCUGGAAGAUGUGGUGAAACGGUAGAGGAGAAGGUUUGGUAAUAUGCAUUGGAGGGACCGUCUGGUCCUGGGGACUUGUGGGCCGAGAGAUGAGAGAUGUUUGUUAGUUCUUCUAAUGUAAAGGGGCUUUGUAAGAGGUUUGAAGCUGCAAUAGUUUUGUGUGUUGUGGGUCUUUGUGUGUUGUGGGUCUCCACAUGCCAGUCCCUUUAUUGGGGAGGGGUUCCCUUAUACAUAAUAGGAGCGUGGUCAGACCAUGAGAUAGGCCCGAUGGUGGAUUCUUCUAUGUUCUUCUAUGUUCGGUAAGUAAGUGACUGGGACUAGGAAUCGGUCUAUACGGGAGUAACUGUUAUGUGCAGCUCUGUGGCAGGUAUUAUCGACUUCCGUCGGGUGUUGAAUGCGCAAUGGAUUUACUAAAUGGUGGGAAGCUAGGGUGGUGCAUAUCUGUGUUGAUAGGGCUGUUCUUUGUUUUAAUGAGUUUGCUGAGAUAUUGGCUGUAGCAGAGGAGUCAGCUUUGCUGUCAAUUAACAAAUUAGUGUCACCUCCAAUGAUUACCUCCCCAUAUUUAUACAAUUCAGCCAAUGCUAAUAUCAUAACCAGAAAUUAGUGUUGAUUGUCAUUGGGACUAUAUACAUUGAUUAGUGUAUAGGGAUUAUUAUUGAUGAGACAUUGUAAUAUUAAAUAGCGCCCUUUUUAUCUCCAAUCUUACAUAUCAGGGAGAAUGCUACGUCUUUACUAAUCAGAAUCGAGACGCCGCAUUUUUUAGCUUUAUAACAUGUAUGGAAAUCAUGGGGAUACGCCUUGUAAUUAAAUCUUGGUCUGCCCUGCCAGGUAAUGUGUGUCUCCUGAAAAAACGCCACUAGGGCACCACUCUUUUUAGCUUCGUUGAUGGCUAGUCUACGCUUAUUCAGAGAAUUAAGCCAUUUUUAUUUAUAAAAUAUUUUACCAGGAAAGAUACAUUGAGAUUUCUCUCGUUUUCAAGUAUGUCCUGGGUAUUUUGCAUUCAAAGAUUCAAAGAUAGUAUUUUAAUUGUCAUUAGAGGGGAUACAGUUUAUGCUGAUUUCUAAAUCCUGUUUUAUGGCCCCUCCAAAUUCCACCAACAGCCUCAUAGUAGGUAGUUGCUUGACUAUUUUCAGCCACCUACAGUGGUAAUGUCUCAUUCCGGUUUGGCCAGAAGCACAUAUAAGGUACUCUAAUUGUAGUAGGGGUGGGAUAAACUGGGGAUAAACUAUGUACAGUAUUCCGUUUGUCACUUUGGGUGAUAUGAAGCCGCUCAUAGUGACGAAUAAUCGCGUCCAGAUGUGGGCCUUGGGGUUGGCCCAUAUUAGUAUAAUAUGCCAAGCUCACUUAGUUGAGAAACUCGCCGAUAGAUAUGAAACAUGUGAGGUGCGAGCAGUGUCUAGCCCGGUCACGGCUAACAGUAAAAUUUAUCGGCUUAUUAGCCAUAAGGGAGUGGGGGGAAUUUUUUGCAGAACACAGCAAAAUAUGACAUAACAAAUACAUUACAUCGGGUUUAGAGGCCCAACAGCAGUGCCAUAUCUUCGUCAUCACUGCAGCUCAGUAAUAAAAUGAAAUAGCAGAGUGGGGGGUGCAGUGUACAGAUAAAAAGCAGAACAAGUAUAUACUUAUAGUAAAACGUUCCUUUGGCUUAAUCUGAAAAACAUAAAAAGUCCAUACAUAGUGUAACACUGUAAAAUAUAGGACUAGUGGAUGUAGAGGUAUUGGGUCACUCACAAUAGAUAGAGCCUAGAAAGCAGGCUCAAACUUGAUGGCAUGUGGAAAAUCAGCUUUCCCAAGCUUUACAGACUGGCUCCAAACUCCUUCUAUAGGUACUGGUGAUCUGCUCCAGACGUAGAAAGGAUUGAUGAUAGACCAAAAUAUAGUGGUAUUAAAAAGUAUUUACUUUGAAUAAAACAAUAAAAUAAAAUGUAAUAUAAAAUAGUAUUACAUACAAUAACACAACGCGUUUCGACUAAAUGUCUUUAUCAAGUGUAUAAUGCAGGUCCUCAUCCGGCGUUCUUUUUAUAUCCUCUUUACCGGAAAUGUGGUCUUCCCGCCAAAAAGUUCUUCCGGUAUGGCGUCAUGACGCACGUUCCGUCGUUACGUCAUGACGCACGUGACGUCCGUACAUCACUUCCUGUAAAUUCGCUCGGCGAAACGAGAGCAGCCAGAAACACCAUUUUGCAAAAGGGCAGCAAUGCAGUAUAUACAUGUACAUAAGCAAAUCCCCAAACAAAAUGGAACAAGGACACAUUCUCAUUAAGUUCAAACAAAUCUUAUAUAAAAAAAGAGUAAUAAUAAUAAUAAUAAAAGGGCAUUACAUAACAAUAUAUUUAAAAUGCAGACAUAGUAUACCUCCAUAUUAAAACUAUAUAAAGCUUUUAAACAUAUACAAUUAAAAACAAAUGAGGUUCAAAGAACAUAUAUCUAAAAUGGAGAGAAAGAGAAGUAAUAUUAACCAUAUUGAAUAUCAGAUAAGGGCUUUCAUUUCGAAAUCGACAUUGAGACCAUUAGGAGAUAAGGUGUCCAGAUUGAAAAUCCACCUCAUCUCACUACGGCUCAAGGCUGAUUCUCCAUGACCUCCCCUCCAAUGGGGUCUAAUUUGUUGUAUACCAUAAAACAUAAUUCCUGUGGGGUCCCCUCCAUGCUUUUUUAAAAAAUGUAAAGAAACAUUAUGUUUCAGGAAACCCUUUCUGAUAUUAUAUAUAUGUUCGCGUAUUCUAGUUUUAAAUGUCCUUGAGGUCCUCCCAACAUACUGGAACCCACAAGGACAUACGAGAACAUAUAUAAUAUUCUUAGAAUGGCAUGAAAUAAAAGAAUCUAUUUUAUAGUUGUAUGUUCCUACACGUGAUCUGAAGCUUUCUAGUUUUUUGGGUUUAUUUUUAUAUAUUUUACACCCCAUACAGUCAUUACAAUAGUGAAAACCUUUAUCGUUUUCCCUAUGAAUACUUAUAAAAUUAUUGUUAUUCUUAGGUUUAUCUAGAUAACUAGAAGUUAAAAUAUGCCUCAAAUUUUUUGCUCCUCUAUAAACAAUUUUCGGUUUGUUUCCAAUAUAAGGCAAAAUUUCAGUAUCCUGUUGUAGGAUAUGCCAAUUUUUGUUAAGAACUUUUUUAAGUGCUAUAUGUUCUUUAUUAUAAUUAAAAAUCAUUGGAAUCUUCUCUCCCUUUUCCUUAUCUCUGGUUUUAUAAGUUAGAAGAGAAUCUCUAUUUGUUUCUUUCACCAUCCUAAUUUCAUCUUCUAAUUUUUCAGAAUUAUAACCCCUAUGCAUAAACUGUUCCUUCAGGGUAUUAGCUUGGUCUUCAAAAGAAUUCAAAUCCGUGCAGUUACGCCGUAUCCGAAUAAACUGUCCCUUAGGGAUAUUGUCGAGCCAGGGUAAAAAAUGACAACUAUCCUUAUGGAUAUAACUAUUGACAUCCACAGGUUUAAAAAAAGUACGAGUUUUAAUAGUCUGGUCCUGUAUAAAAAUUUCCAAAUCUAAAAAAUUGAUACUCUCUUUAGCAAUCUCCUGAGUUAAAUGAAUAUUCCACUGAUUGGAAUUUAAAAACUUAAUAAAAUCCAAUGCCGAAGCUUCAUCCCCCUUCCAAAUUAAAAAGAUGUCAUCGAUGUAUCUUUUCUAUAGGACCAGGUUCGCACUCCAGUCAUGCUGGGAAUACACAUAUCUGUCUUCCCAAUAGGACAUAAAUAAAUUAGCAUAACUGGGCGCGAACCUGGUCCCCAUGGCUGUCCCCCUACAUUGUAAAAAAAAGUUAUCCUCGAACCAGAAGAAAUUGUUAUGGAGGAUAAAAGAUAUUCCCUCCAUAAUAAAAUCAACCUGUUCACCAGGAUACAAUGUGGAGGAUUCUAAAAAGAAACGUGAAGCUAAACACCCUACAUCGUGAUCAAUGCAUGUGUACAAACUAGUGACAUCACAUGUAAUGAAUAAAAAGUCUUCUUCCCAUUUGAAGUUGUUUAAAAUUUGUAAUAGACUCAUAGAGUCCUUCAAAUAUGACAGACUAUGUUUAACUAAGGGUUGGAGGUGAGUGUCUACAUAUUUGGAUAAAUUAGACAGAAGGGAUCCAACCCCUGAGACAAUCGGUCUCCCUGGGGGGUUGGAUGCAUCCUUAUGUAAUUUGGGUAAGAUGUAUAUAACAGGAAUUUUUGGUAAUUUUAUAUCCAGGAAAGUAUAUUCUUUUUGAUUUAUAAUUCCUUUAACAAAACCUUUUUCUAAAUAUUCUUUAUAUUUUUUAUUUAUCUCCAUCUGUGGGUUUCCAUCUAAUUUCCUAUAUGUAUUAUGGUCCUCUAAUUGUCGUUCGAUCUCUGAGAUAUACUUAUCUCUAUCCAUUACGACCACACCACCUCCCUUAUCAGCUGGCUUUAUUACUAUUUGAGAAUCUUUCCCUAAAUUCUGCAUAGCCUGUCUUUCUUUUUUUGUUAAAUUAUCUCUCUUAUUCAUUUUAAUUUGUUUGAUGUCUUUAACACAUGCCCUUUCAAAGACUUUCAUAGAAUUGGAUUUUAAAUGUAUAGGAUAAAAGGAUGACUGAGGUUUUAAAUCCGUAUGAUGAAAAAGAGUUGCAUUCUCAAUAGUAUUGUCUUCCAUUUUAGGUUUUUGAUUAAAAAAUUUUUUAAGACAUAAUCUCCUCAUAAACCUAUUAAUAUCAGUAUAUGCCUCAAAUUUAUCCAUAAUGCAACUUGGUGCGAAUUUAAAACCUUUAUUUAAAAUAUUUUUCUCAUUUAAAUUAAGAACCUUUUUAGACAAAUUAAAAAUCCUUAUUUCUUCAUGAUUUUUUCUUUUCGGUCUCUCCAGUCUCUUUCCUCCUCUAUUUCCCCUUCUUCUAUAUCCCUGUACCGUCUCUUUUGGGGGAUGGGAGUUCGAGUAGGAGGUUCCCUCCAUCUUUUCUCUAAAAAAGGAAUCAUUCUCUGAUUCUCCAGAUCCCUAAUUGGUUCAAAUCGAUUGGAAGUCUCGAUUUCUCUCUUUGAUCUUAAUGGCGGGCUGUUUUCUCUCCUAUAUUCUAAAGAAAAAUUAUCCUUCCUUGCUGGAACAUAUUUUUGUUUAUAAUCAGGCCUAUUAACUUUCUGAUUAUAUCUCCUUUGCGGUCUGUUAUAAUCUAUUUCUAUCCUUUCUUUGUUAUCUCUACGUUUGUGCUGAUUUCUUUUAACUUCAGUCCACUCCUGGGCUGGACUGUCAUACUCAACUCUUCUUUUAACUAUUGGGUCUUGUCUGACCUCUCUAUUCCCAUAUUUAUAAUUGACUAUAUUCGGUCUAGAUUUAUUUUGAUUAAAAUUAGUUCUAGGUUUUUUUCGAAUAUUAUUGGUGGCAUAAUCAUUCGUAUCUCUCUGAUACUUCUUUUUCUUAGAAGUGAUAAUUGAAGACUCUAGUUUAUCCAACCUACCCAUAAUAAGGUUUGAGAUUGAUUCAAAGUCCCCCGUACCAAUGAAGGGUUCUAAUCUCAUACGAAUUUCCCCAAUAAUCUUAUCUAGAACUUCUAGAUUUCUAUUUCUUUGAUCCACAAUAAUUUGCAUCAUAGUAAUGGUAAAUGAUUCUAAUGCAUUUUCCCAAAUAUCUAUAAACCUCUUAUCAUCUCUAUCAAAGGUAGGGUAUUUGGUAAACCUAAGACCUCUCGGUGUUAUUUGGUCACUUAGGUACUUUUUCAUUGUAAAGAUUUCCCAUUUAAUCUUUAAUUCUUUUGUAAGUAAUUUUUCAAGUAGAGAACACAUUUCAUCUAAAUUAUCACUAAUCUUAUAUUUCUCUGGUGUUUCUAUUUCUACUUCAUCAAAAAUAUUUUGUACAUAAUUAUGCAUAGUGGCUCUUUUUUCAAAUAUAGCCAUCUUAAUAGCAGCCCACACCCGAGUGAUUUAAACAACAAAUAUAACCAAAAAACAAAAUUCCACCACAAGGGAAGGAAUAGAUAUAGGUGGAUUGGCGCUAGAGAACAGAGCAGCAACUACCCCCAGUGUCUAUAAAUCACUCUAAAGACACUAACAAACAGUAAUAAAAUGAAAUAGCAGAGUGGGGGGUGCAGUGUACAGAUAAAAAGCAGAACAAGUAUAUACUUAUAGUAAAACGUUCCUUUGGCUUAAUCUGAAAAACAUAAAAAGUCCAUACAUAGUGUAACACUGUAAAAUAUAGGACUAGUGGAUGUAGAGGUAUUGGGUCACUCACAAUAGAUAGAGCCUAGAAAGCAGGCUCAAACUUGAUGGCAUGUGGAAAAUCAGCUUUCCCAAGCUUUACAGACUGGCUCCAAACUCCUUCUAUAGGUACUGGUGAUCUGCUCCAGACGUAGAAAGGAUUGAUGAUAGACCAAAAUAUAGUGGUAUUAAAAAGUAUUUACUUUGAAUAAAACAAUAAAAUAAAAUGUAAUAUAAAAUAGUAUUACAUACAAUAACACAACGCGUUUCGACUAAAUGUCUUUAUCAAGUGUAUAAUGCAGGUCCUCAUCCGGCGUUCUUUUUAUAUCCUCUUUACCGGAAAUGUGGUCUUCCCGCCAAAAAGUUCUUCCGGUAUGGCGUCAUGACGCACGUUCCGUCGUUACGUCAUGACGCACGUGACGUCCGUACAUCACUUCCUGUAAAUUCGCUCGGCGAAACGAGGGCAGCCAGAAACACCAUUUUACAAAAGGGCAGCAAUGCAGUAUAUACAUGUACAUAAGCAAAUCCCCAAACAAAAUGGAACAAGGACACAUUCUCAUUAAGUUCAAACAAAUCUUAUAUAAAAAAAGAGUAAUAAUAAUAAUAAUAAAAGGGCAUUACAUAACAAUAUAUUUAAAAUGCAGACAUAGUAUACCUCCAUAUUAAAACUAUAUAAAGCUUAUAGACAUAUACAAUUAAAAACAAAUGAGGUUCAAAGAACAUAUAUCUAAAAUGGAGAGAAAGAGAAGUAAUAUUAACCAUAUUGAAUAUCAAUAUAUAAAACAGUCAGAUAAGGGCUUUCAUUUCGAAAUCGACAUUGAGACCAUUAGGAGAUAAGGUGUCCAGAUUGAAAAUCCACCUCAUCUCACUACGGCUCAAGGCUGAUUCUCCAUGACCUCCCCUCCAAUGGGGUCUAAUUUGUUGUAUACCAUAAAACAUAAUUCCUGUGGGGUCCCCUCCAUGAUUUUUUAAAAAAUGUAAAGAAACAUUAUGUUUCAGGAAACCCUUUCUGAUAUUAUAUAUAUGUUCGCGUAUUCUAGUUUUAAAUGUCCUUGAGGUCCUCCCAACAUACUGGAACCCACAAGGACAUACGAGAACAUAUAUAAUAUUCUUAGAAUGGCAUGAAAUAAAAGAAUCUAUUUUAUAGUUGUAUGUUCCUACACGUGAUCUGAAGCUUUCUAGUUUUUUGGGUUUAUUUUUAUAUAUUUUACACCCCAUACAGUCAUUACAAUAGUGAAAACCUUUAUCGUUUUCCCUAUGAAUACUUAUAAAAUUAUUGUUAUUCUUAGGUUUAUCUAGAUAACUAGAAGUUAAAAUUUGCCUCAAAUUUUUUGCUCCUCUAUAAACAAUUUUCGGUUUGUUUCCAAUAUAAGGCAAAAUUUCAGUAUCCUGUUGUAGGAUAUGCCAAUUUUUGUUAAGAACUUUUUUAAGUGCUAUAUGUUCUUUAUUAUAAUUAAAAAUCAUUGGAAUCUUCUCUCCCUUUUCCUUAUCUCUGGUUUUAUAAGUUAGAAGAGAAUCUCUAUUUGUUUCUUUCACCAUCCUAAUUUCAUCUUCUAAUUUUUCAGAAUUAUAACCCCUAUGCAUAAACUGUUCCUUCAGGGUAUUAGCUUGGUCUUCAAAAGAAUUCAAAUCCGUGCAGUUACGCCGUAUCCGAAUAAACUGUCCCUUAGGGAUAUUGUCGAGCCAGGGUAAAAAAUGACAACUAUCCUUAUGGAUAUAACUAUUGACAUCCACAGGUUUAAAAAAAGUACGAGUUUUAAUAGUCUGGUCCUGUAUAAAAAUUUCCAAAUCUAAAAAAUUGAUACUCUCUUUAGCAAUCUCCUGAGUUAAAUGAAUAUUCCACUGAUUGGAAUUUAAAAACUAUUCUAAGAAUAUUAUAUAUGUUCUCGUAUGUCCUUGUGGGUUCCAGUAUGUUGGGAGGACCUCAAGGACAUUUAAAACUAGAAUACGCGAACAUAUAUAUAAUAUCAGAAAGGGUUUCCUGAAACAUAAUGUUUCUUUACAUUUUUUAAAAAAGCAUGGAGGGGACCCCACAGGAAUUAUGUUUUAUGGUAUACAACAAAUUAGACCCCAUUGGAGGGGAGGUCAUGGAGAAUCAGCCUUGAGCCGUAGUGAGAUGAGGUGGAUUUUCAAUCUGGACACCUUAUCUCCUAAUGGUCUCAAUGUCGAUUUCGAAAUGAAAGCCCUUAUCUGACUGUUUUAUAUAUUGAUAUUCAAUAUGGUUAAUAUUACUUCUCUUUCUCUCCAUUUUAGAUAUAUGUUCUUUGAACCUCAUUUGUUUUUAAUUGUAUAUGUUUAAAAGCUUUAUAUAGUUUUAAUAUGGAGGUAUACUAUGUCUGCAUUUUAAAUAUAUUGUUAUGUAAUGCCCUUUUAUUAUUAUUAUUAUUACUCUUUUUUUAUAUAAGAUUUGUUUGAACUUAAUGAGAAUGUGUCCUUGUUCCAUUUUGUUUGGGGAUUUGCUUAUGUACAUGUAUAUACUGCAUUGCUGCCCUUUUGCAAAAUGGUGUUUCUGGCUGCUCUCGUUUCGCCGAGCGAAUUUACAGGAAGUGAUGUACGGACGUCACGUGCGUCAUGACGUAACGACGGAACGUGCGUCAUGACGCCAUACCGGAAGAACUUUUUGGCGGGAAGACCACAUUUCCGGUAAAGAGGAUAUAAAAAGAACGCCGGAUGAGGACCUGCAUUAUACACUUGAUAAAGACAUUUAGUCGAAACGCGUUGUGUUAUUGUAUGUAAUACUAUUUUAUAUUACAUUUUAUUUUAUUGUUUUAUUCAAAGUAAAUACUUUUUAAUACCACUAUAUUUUGGUCUAUCAUCAAUCCUUUCUACGUCUGGAGCAGAUCACCAGUACCUAUAGAAGGAGUUUGGAGCCAGUCUGUAAAGCUUGGGAAAGCUGAUUUUCCACAUGCCAUCAAGUUUGAGCCUGCUUUCUAGGCUCUAUCUAUUGUGAGUGACCCAAUACCUCUACAUCCACUAGUCCUAUAUUUUACAGUGUUACACUAUGUAUGGACUUUUUAUGUUUUUCAGAUUAAGCCAAAGGAACGUUUUACUAUAAGUAUAUACUUGUUCUGCUUUUUAUCUGUACACUGCACCCCCCACUCUGCUAUUUCAUUUUAUUACUGUUUGUUAGUGUCUUUAGAGUGAUUUAUAGACACUGGGGGUAGUUGCUGCUCUGUUCUCUAGCGCCAAUCCACCUAUAUCUAUUCCUUCCCUUGUGGUGGAAUUUUGUUUUUUGGUUAUAUUUGUUGUUUAAAUCACUCGGGUGUGGGCUGCUAUUAAGAUGGCUAUAUUUGAAAAAAGAGCCACUAUGCAUAAUUAUGUACAAAAUAUUUUUGAUGAAGUAGAAAUAGAAACACCAGAGAAAUAUAAGAUUAGUGAUAAUUUAGAUGAAAUGUGUUCUCUACUUGAAAAAUUACUUACAAAAGAAUUAAAGAUUAAAUGGGAAAUCUUUACAAUGAAAAAGUACCUAAGUGACCAAAUAACACCGAGAGGUCUUAGGUUUACCAAAUACCCUACCUUUGAUAGAGAUGAUAAGAGGUUUAUAGAUAUUUGGGAAAAUGCAUUAGAAUCAUUUACCAUUACUAUGAUGCAAAUUAUUGUGGAUCAAAGAAAUAGAAAUCUAGAAGUUCUAGAUAAGAUUAUUGGGGAAAUUCGUAUGAGAUUAGAACCCUUCAUUGGUACGGGGGACUUUGAAUCAAUCUCAAACCUUAUUAUGGGUAGGUUGGAUAAACUAGAGUCUUCAAUUAUCACUUCUAAGAAAAAGAAGUAUCAGAGAGAUACGAAUGAUUAUGCCACCAAUAAUAUUCGAAAAAAACCUAGAACUAAUUUUAAUCAAAAUAAAUCUAGACCGAAUAUAGUCAAUUAUAAAUAUGGGAAUAGAGAGGUCAGACAAGACCCAAUAGUUAAAAGAAGAGUUGAGUAUGACAGCCCAGCCCAGGAGUGGACUGAAGUUAAAAGAAAUCAGCACAAACGUAGAGAUAACAAAGAAAGGAUAGAAAUAGAUUAUAACAGACCGCAAAGGAGAUAUAAUCAGAAAGUUAAUAGGCCUGAUUAUAAACAAAAAUAUGUUCCAGCAAGGAAGGAUAAUUUUUCUUUAGAAUAUAGGAGAGAAAACAGCCCGCCAUUAAGAUCAAAGAGAGAAAUCGAGACUUCCAAUCGAUUUGAACCAAUUAGGGAUCUGGAGAAUCAGAGAAUGAUUCCUUUUUUAGAGAAAAGAUGGAGGGAACCUCCUACUCGAACUCCCAUCCCCCAAAAGAGACGGUACAGGGAUAUAGAAGAAGGGGAAAUAGAGGAGGAAAGAGACUGGAGAGACCGAAAAGAAAAAAUCAUGAAGAAAUAAGGAUUUUUAAUUUGUCUAAAAAGGUUCUUAAUUUAAAUGAGAAAAAUAUUUUAAAUAAAGGUUUUAAAUUCGCACCAAGUUGCAUUAUGGAUAAAUUUGAGGCAUAUACUGAUAUUAAUAGGUUUAUGAGGAGAUUAUGUCUUAAAAAAUUUUUUAAUCAAAAACCUAAAAUGGAAGUCAAUACUAUUGAGAAUGCAACUCUUUUUCUUCAUACGGAUUUAAAACCUCAGUCAUCCUUUUAUCCUAUACAUUUAAAAUCCAAUUCUAUGAAAGUCUUUGAAAGGGCAUGUGUUAAAGACAUCAAACAAAUUAAAAUGAAUAAGAGAGAUAAUUUAACAAAAAAAGAAAGACAGGCUAUGCAGAAUUUAGGGAAAGAUUCUCAAAUAGUAAUAAAGCCAGCUGAUAAGGGAGGUGGUGUGGUCGUAAUGGAUAGAGAUAAGUAUAUCUCAGAGAUCGAACGACAAUUAGAGGACCAUAAUACAUAUAGGAAAUUAGAUGGAAACCCACAGAUGGAGAUAAAUAAAAAAUAUAAAGAAUAUUUAGAAAAAGGUUUUGUUAAAGGAAUUAUAAAUCAAAAAGAAUAUACUUUCCUGGAUAUAAAAUUACCAAAAAUUCCUGUUAUAUACAUCUUACCCAAAUUACAUAAGGAUGCAUCCAACCCCCCAGGGAGACCGAUUGUCUCAGGGGUUGGAUCCCUUCUGUCUAAUUUAUCCAAAUAUGUAGACACUCACCUCCAACCCUUAGUUAAACAUAGUCUGUCAUAUUUGAAGGACUCUAUGAGUCUAUUACAAAUUUUAAACAACUUCAAAUGGGAAGAAGACUUUUUAUUCAUUACAUGUGAUGUCACUAGUUUGUACACAUGCAUUGAUCACGAUGUAGGGUGUUUAGCUUCACGUUUCUUUUUAGAAUCCUCCACAUUGUAUCCUGGUGAACAGGUUGAUUUUAUUAUGGAGGGAAUAUCUUUUAUCCUCCAUAACAAUUUCUUCUGGUUCGAGGAUAACUUUUUUUUACAAUGUAGGGGGACAGCCAUGGGGACCAGGUUCGCGCCCAGUUAUGCUAAUUUAUUUAUGUCCUAUUGGGAAGACAGAUAUGUGUAUUCCCAGCAUGACUGGAGUGCGAACCUGGUCCUAUAUAAAAGAUACAUCGAUGACAUCUUUUUAAUUUGGAAGGGGGAUGAAGCUUCGGCAUUGGAUUUUAUUAAGUUUUUAAAUUCCAAUCAGUGGAAUAUUCAUUUAACUCAGGAGAUUGCUAAAGAGAGUAUCAAUUUUUUAGAUUUGGAAAUUUUUAUACAGGACCAGACUAUUAAAACUCGUACUUUUUUUAAACCUGUGGAUGUCAAUAGUUAUAUCCAUAAGGAUAGUUGUCAUUUUUUACCCUGGCUCGACAAUAUCCCUAAGGGACAGUUUAUUCGGAUACGGCGUAACUGCACGGAUUUGAAUUCUUUUGAAGACCAAGCUAAUACCCUGAAGGAACAGUUUAUGCAUAGGGGUUAUAAUUCUGAAAAAUUAGAAGAUGAAAUUAGGAUGGUGAAAGAAACAAAUAGAGAUUCUCUUCUAACUUAUAAAACCAGAGAUAAGGAAAAGGGAGAGAAGAUUCCAAUGAUUUUUAAUUAUAAUAAAGAACAUAUAGCACUUAAAAAAGUUCUUAACAAAAAUUGGCAUAUCCUACAACAGGAUACUGAAAUUUUGCCUUAUAUUGGAAACAAACCGAAAAUUGUUUAUAGAGGAGCAAAAAAUUUGAGGCAUAUUUUAACUUCUAGUUAUCUAGAUAAACCUAAGAAUAACAAUAAUUUUAUAAGUAUUCAUAGGGAAAACGAUAAAGGUUUUCACUAUUGUAAUGACUGUAUGGGGUGUAAAAUAUAUAAAAAUAAACCCAAAAAACUAGAAAGCUUCAGAUCACGUGUAGGAACAUACAACUAUAAAAUAGAUUCUUUUAUUUCAUGCCAUUCUAAGAAUAUUAUAUAUGUUCUCGUAUGUCCUUGUGGGUUCCAGUAUGUUGGGAGGACCUCAAGGACAUUUAAAACUAGAAUACGCGAACAUAUAUAUAAUAUCAGAAAGGGUUUCCUGAAACAUAAUGUUUCUUUACAUUUUUUAAAAAAGCAUGGAGGGGACCCCACAGGAAUUAUGUUUUAUGGUAUACAACAAAUUAGACCCCAUUGGAGGGGAGGUCAUGGAGAAUCAGCCUUGAGCCGUAGUGAGAUGAGGUGGAUUUUCAAUCUGGACACCUUAUCUCCUAAUGGUCUCAAUGUCGAUUUCGAAAUGAAAGCCCUUAUCUGACUGUUUUAUAUAUUGAUAUUCAAUAUGGUUAAUAUUACUUCUCUUUCUCUCCAUUUUAGAUAUAUGUUCUUUGAACCUCAUUUGUUUUUAAUUGUAUAUGUUUAAAAGCUUUAUAUAGUUUUAAUAUGGAGGUAUACUAUGUCUGCAUUUUAAAUAUAUUGUUAUGUAAUGCCCUUUUAUUAUUAUUAUUAUUACUCUUUUUUUUAUAUAAGAUUUGUUUGAACUUAAUGAGAAUGUGUCCUUGUUCCAUUUUGUUUGGGGAUUUGCUUAUGUACAUGUAUAUACUGCAUUGCUGCCCUUUUGCAAAAUGGUGUUUCUGGCUGCUCUCGUUUCGCCGAGCGAAUUUACAGGAAGUGAUGUACGGACGUCACGUGCGUCAUGACGUAACGACGGAACGUGCGUCAUGACGCCAUACCGGAAGAACUUUUUGGCGGGAAGACCACAUUUCCGGUAAAGAGGAUAUAAAAAGAACGCCGGAUGAGGACCUGCAUUAUACACUUGAUAAAGACAUUUAGUCGAAACGCGUUGUGUUAUUGUAUGUAAUACUAUUUUAUAUUACAUUUUAUUUUAUUGUUUUAUUCAAAGUAAAUACUUUUUAAUACCACUAUAUUUUGGUCUAUCAUCAAUCCUUUCUACGUCUGGAGCAGAUCACCAGUACCUAUAGAAGGAGUUUGGAGCCAGUCUGUAAAGCUUGGGAAAGCUGAUUUUCCACAUGCCAUCAAGUUUGAGCCUGCUUUCUAGGCUCUAUCUAUUGUGAGUGACCCAAUACCUCUACAUCCACUAGUCCUAUAUUUUACAGUGUUACACUAUGUAUGGACUUUUUAUGUUUUUCAGAUUAAGCCAAAGGAACGUUUUACUAUAAGUAUAUACUUGUUCUGCUUUUUAUCUGUACACUGCACCCCCCACUCUGCUAUUUCAUUUUAUUACUGUUUGUUAGUGUCUUUAGAGUGAUUUAUAGACACUGGGGGUAGUUGCUGCUCUGUUCUCUAGCGCCAAUCCACCUAUAUCUAUUCCUUCCCUUGUGGUGGAAUUUUGUUUUUUGGUUAUAACUGCAGCUCAGUAAGCUGUUCAGGUUGGGGAAACUCCAAAGUCCAUCGAUUUCUGUUGGGCCUUGCAUGUCGGGACCAGUCUUUGGCUAGGGAUUUCAACGCUGUGGUGAUGGUGGUAGUUGCUUGUUUCACGACAUCGGGUGGUAGUGGAAUUUGUCAUUCUUGGAGUAUUCUUUUGCCUUCUGCUAGGUCAUGGAUGGGUCUGUCUACUCCAUUCCGUUUCACAAGCAAUUUGGUGGGGAAACCCCAUUUGUAGGGAAUGUUGGCAUUUCUCAAGGCUUCUGUUAUGGGUGCGAAAGUGCACUGAUGAUAGAUCUGUAAAUAUUUUAAUGCUUUGGUAGGGUUCAGGCCACUGUUUCAAUGUUCUGGAAGGUUGCAUAUGUCAGUCCUUGAUAGUGUAGAAAUGGAUCCUGGUGAUCACAUCUCUCGUUGAGUCCGGCUGUAGGUGCUUGGGCUUGGGGAGUCUAUGCGUUCUGUCUAAUGUCAAGUCCAGGUUGUUUAAGGAUGGUAUGAGUGUUUUGAACAGGUCCUGUACAUACCUAGGUAGGUCUGAGUUUAUUGACUCAGGAAUUCCCCGUAGGCGGACAUUAUUCCGUCUGCUUCUGUCUUCGUGAUCUGCUACUCUUUCUUCCAGGGAUUUUAGUUUUUUGUUUUAACGAGGAGUAUGCCUCAGCUACGUAGUUGUGAGCGUCUACUAGCUCAUUUGUGCGGUCCUCCAGGCGUGCAGUCCGUUCGCCGAUGCUGUGUAUGUCCGCUUUUAUCUCAGCUGUCAUUUGUUGGAGGUCUGCUUUAAAGGAAGCCUGCAGUUCUUAAUUUCCUCACUGAGAGCUCUGUUGCUGGAUUGGAGCGCUCGGUGUGGUCUAGCUGACUGUCUCCUGUGCCGGGGAGUUAGGCCUGUCUGCGCCAUCUUGAUCCCCCUGUUCUGAAGAUUGUUGUCUUUUGAAGUGUGAGUUCAGGGUUUUUUGUUUAAGUUUUUUGGUCAUUUUUGCUGCCAUGUUGUUGUGCAGUAUUACCCCUCGGCAGAUAGGGUAUAUUGGUCAGUUAUUUAGGCUGUAACACGCUGUGCAUGCCAUUUCUCUGGAGAGCUCUCGUCCUACACGUCUGCUCUCAUGCGCUGCUAGGACACGCCCCCAAUAACAGUUAUUAUUAAAAUGUUCUUGAGCAUUAGUAAAAUAUGAAAAUACAUACAUUGUAGCAGAAGCUAACAGAAGAUAAUGGUUUGGGGGAAAUAAAUGCAUUACAGUUAACAAAAAUGUCAUAAGAAUAAAAAUAUUGUUGUAAAAUCUUGAUGUUACAAAAGGAAGAGCAUUUGGACAAAUAAAUUGCAACUUACCGUAAAUAGUAUUGUCAAAAAUCAGGAAAACAACAAAUAAUUAUUUUCUAUUAGGUACCUAUAUCUUACAUGCACUGCAGGGCACCAAUAAACUAGCUAGUGAACGUGGUUAAUGUAAGAAUGUCUACAUUCAUAAUAUUCAUAUUUUCUUAAUUGAGUAAUUAUGUGCACACCAUAAGAGAGGGAAAUCACACAAUUGAUGUCAGCAAGACACAAAACAGAUUACCUGUCUGUUGGUGCGGGCCGCACUUAUUUUUCACUGAGAGAAAAUAUGGUAAUUUAGCUAUGUAAUGUAUACUGGGUUAAUCCUGGUGCGCUUCUGUCUGCCCUCCCUCUGACCCUUGUGCAUGACUUCACACACAGGGUAGAGGAGGGAUAAUGCGCACUACACUAUUUGUGGUUUUGUGUCACUGAUGCUGCUUCAAGUUUAUCUGACACAUGCAGGAUUUUUGGCUACACAGGCAAAGAUGCAUUUUGGUGCCUCUCCCCCCACUUUUCUCAAACAAAUGCAUCUUCACCUGUGUGUCCCUUAAUCUACCUCUUGAAUUUCUUACCACCGUUUAGUUUUCUUAUCCUCAUUUUUGAAUGUCCCUCCAGGGCCGGAUUAACAUAGGGGCUGAUGGAGCUGCAGCUCCAGGCCCAGGCCCAUGGAAUAGGCCCAUUGAUUAAAAAAAAAAAUAUAUAUAUAUAUAUAUUUUUUUUACCUUUUUUUUUUUAACACACUACUCUUAGGGAUUCCACCUGGCUUUUAUUUUAUUAGCACAGCCAGUAUUUAAAGCUGCCUGGCUGGUGCCAAUAUUGCAGUGAUACUGGCAAUACAAAUGCUGGUAUUUUUCUCAGUAUAAACGAGAUUACUAUGCAAUACCGUGUGUGUGUGUGGAGACCGGCAGGGAUAGGAAGUUCCAGCAUAUCCCUCCCUGCCUAUCUAUACUCACUGAUCUGCAGGGGAGCAGCUACAGUGAGUCCAGACAGCAACUCCUAGCCUACAGCUCAGAGAAGUAAGGGAUGGGGGAAAGGCUGCAAGGAGACAUACACUGAGACAUUAAGGGACACUGGGAGACAUUAUGGCAGGCACUGAGACACUUAGGGACAUUGGGAGACAUUAUGACACAGACACAUGGGGACACAGUGUCCCCAUGUCUCCCAGCCAGUGUCCCUGGUAUCUCCCAGUGACCCAUAGUCUCUCAGUGCCCCCAGUCUGCCAGUGUCUCACUGUCCCCAUGUCUCCUAGUGCCUCCAUGUCUCUCAGUGCCUCAAGUGUCACAAUGUCCCCAUGUAUCCAAGCUAGUGUCCCUGGUGUCUGUGGCCCUGGUGUCUGUGUCCCCAUGUCUCCCAGUCCCCCCAUGUCUCAAUGUCCCCCAGCCAGUGUCUCUAGUGUCUGUGUCCCUGGUGUCUGUGUCUCCAUGUCUUCAAGUGUCCCCUAUUUUCCCAUUGUCCCCAUGUGUCCCAGCCAGAGUCCUCUAGUCUCCCAGUGUCACUGGUGUCUCAGUGUCCCUAGGUCUCCCUGUCUUCCUAGUGUCCUAGUGACAUGGGGACCCUGGGAUACAUGGGGACACAGGGAGACAUGGGGCAUUCAGACACUGUGAUACAUAGGAUCACUGGGGGACCUGGGGACAUGACACUAGGGGACUCUGGGAGACAUGAGGCACUGAGACACUGAUACAUAGGAACACUGAGACCUGGAGUAAUCAACACAUGGGGGCACGGAGUCAUGAGGGCACUGGGAGACAUGGGUGCACUGGGAGGAAUCCAUCUAUACAGCAGAAUCAAACUAAGUAGUUUUUUUGGUGCUUUUACAGCAUUUUCUCUAUGUCACUCCUUGUGAUUUACAUCAUGUGAUGUCACCCAUACAUAUUUAAUUUGCAAAUUAGUAAGAUCGGUAUGUUUUUCCAAGAAAGGAGGCAACCCUAACUACUUUUUACAUACUCUUACUUAAGUAUGGAAACUUAAGAGGGAUGUAUGGGAACAAAACUUGUGUGGACUGACUGACAAUGAAUAUAGUCAAAGGGACACUAUAGUCACCAGAACAACUACAGCUUAUUGAAUUUGUUCUGGUGAGUAGAAUCAUUACCAUCAGGCUUUUUGCUGUAAGCACGGUUUUUUCAGAGAAAAUGCUGUGUUUACAUUACAUCCUAGUGAUAACUUCACUGGCCACUCCUUAGAUCGCCCUUCCUGGGUCAUGGCUGCCUAAAAUGCAUCCAACAUUCAGUGUCUCCUCCCUCUGCAUGCAGACACUGAACUUUCCUCAUAGAGAUUCAUUAAUUCAAUUCAUCUCCAUAAGGAGAUGCUGAUUGGCCAGGGCUGUGUUUGAAUUGUGCUGGCUCUGCCCCUGAUCUGCCUCUUUGUCAGUCUCAGCCAAUCCUAUGGGGAAGCACUGUGAUUGGAUCAGGCCACUGCUUGUUUUUAUAAGUCUAACAGCAUGCAGAGUUACAGCUUCAGGCUUGAAUAUAGUAAGAUUUUGCUAUAUUUAUGGAGGCAAGAGGGGCCCAGGGGGCUAGAUGGUGGUGUUAACACUGUAGGGUCACAAAUUCAUGUUUGUGAUCCUGACCCUAUAGUGAUCCUUUAAGGUAAUGAUGACUUUGGUCUCUCUAACACUGUGGCAUGUUCCCUUUCUUCUACACUCACUACAUACAGCUUUUCUCUGUCCCAGACUAUAUACCAGGAGCUUCUGCCUGCUAGUAAGAAGGUAAGGAGACAAGUGGACUAGCGAGUGCUAGGGGACAGUCCUUAGAAUGCGUUGAGUGAGCGCAUCAUUAGAUGCAUUUAUGCCAAGCUCAAGGUGCUGUCUGCAUACUAUGCCCUUAGUUGGCCAGCUGCAUGAUUGGCAGGCAGCCUGACAUGCAUUCAUGCCAGGCUGGCCUUCUAAUUCUUUGGGCAGACUUGUCCUCUUUUUGGGCAUGCUCGCCCCUUUUGGCAGGUUACGUGAUUUGUGUCAAUGGCACACCCUUUUACCUUCCUGCUUGACUGGACACUGCUGUUAGGGGUUAUGGAUUUACUUGAAAGAUGAAAACAUAAAUUAGAGAGAGAUUAGCCUAGGGCAGGGGUAGGCAUCCUACGGCACUAGUGCCAUGCACGGCAUUUUUUUUUAGAGCAAUAAAAUAGCAAACAUUUCCCAUUGGCAGCAAAAGUUCUUAUUAAUCGUUAUUUUAACCCCUUAAGGACCAAACUUUUGGAAUAAAAGGAAAUCCUGACAUGUCACACAUGUCAUGUGUCCUUGAGGGCUUAAAACUAUUGCAACUGUAGUGCAAUUCAAGACUUUAUUGCAAAAUUUAAGACAAAAUAGUUGUUUUGAAAAAAAAAUUUGAACUCUACUAUAGUCACAGCUUGAUUGUUUUUAGCCUGAAUUUUGAAUUUUUGUUUUUAAUUAUUUACUGUUUAGUGAAAAAAAUAAAUAUAAUGUAACCUGGAAGUAGUUAUAACCACUGAGGGUUAAAAUUGACAUGUGGUAUGUUUUAAAUUCUAAAAAUAUUUAAAUGAACAAUUAACACUAGUAUUUUUAAUGUAUAUUUGCUACAAUUCAUUGUAUCAUAUUUUGUUUAAAGGCAUACCGUUCCCGUGAUGAAGCUCAAACACAAUAUUCGCAGUGCCUAAUAGACAAAGACAAAUAUAGGAAACAAAUACGAGAGUUGGAGGAGAGGAACGAUGAACUUAGAAUUGAGAUGGUCCGGAAGGAAGCACGGAUUGUGAACUUAGAAUGCAAGCUUAGAAGAUUGUCUAAGGAUGGAGUUUUUCUAGAUCAGGUACAUUUGUUUGUCUGAUUAGUUCAUAGUCAAAUAUCAGGAACCAAUCAAAAUACCUGUAAGAUUAGACGAAUUCUGCCAGGAAUGGCAUUUCUCAUCCAGUCUGAAUUUGGUCACUGCAACCAGUUCUGCACCAAUCAGCCAGAUGCAUUCCAGAUUAAAAUCGGUGCUUUUUCAUCUGAAACCUAUACAGUAAGUGUAGGAUUCGGCAUAUUCAAGCAUCAGCUAUUUAACAAACUUCGCAACUAAAUGCAUCUGGCUGAUGCACGUUUGCAGAUUGUUUGCUUGCUUUUUGCAAUGCUAGCAGCCAGUGGGCAAAUAGUUUUAAAAACUCUCAAAAGCAUGGGGGUUAAUCAUUGGUGGCUGGCCAUCCUAUGCAAGCAAGCUGCUACAUUAAAGUAAAAAAAACAACAACCUAUGGGAGUCAAUAUGACCCCCAUUUUACGAUCGGGGGGAGGUGUUAACCUCCCUAUGUUCCCAUCUGCCAGGUGCAAAUCUACUAAACUUUAAAAACUAGUAAACUGGUGGGGGCUCUAAUUUUAAUAUGGGGGGACUAGUGUCUCACUGCAGCUUCCACCCAUGGUUGUCAUGUGGGGUGUACUAAUAAAAUAUAUAAGAAGGAUGCACAUACCAUUGUCCAUCCCCCAAAUGUUAUGUGUCAUUAACAUGUUGUGUUCUACAUAGACAUGCAUGUAUAAUUUUUAGGCAUUGUCAAAUCAGAUAUUUGCCUCAUGUGUAUAUUUGCUGUUAUUAAUUUUGCUACAGAGCUUAUUUGUCCUUUAUUUGCCUUAAUUAAUUAAUGAUGAAUUGUUAGCAUGAGCUUGGUAAUAAUACUUCUACAUGUCUUCAACUCAAGGGAGGUGUUUGUUGUGUUAGCUUUGCUCAAACAAUAGGUGCAUUCCAGUUAAUUGCUGAAAAUAGUUAAAGGACCACUAUAGCCACCCAGACCACUUCAGCUCAAUGAAGUGGUCUGGGUGCCAGGUCGCCCUAGUUUUAACCCUGCAGCUGUAAACAUAGCAGUAUCAGAGAAACUGCUAUGUUUACACUGAGGGUUAAUCCAGCUUCUGCGAUCCUCAAUGCAAAAAUUGAGUAAUGCUUUCCUAUGGGCGGUUUGGAUGCUCAUGUGGCUCUGGCCUGGCGCUGGAUUAAGGUAAGUGGCUGAAGGGGUUUUCACCCCUUCAGUCCAGCAUGAAGGGGGCGGGUGGGACCUAAAAAGCCAGGAAAACGGGCUUGUUUUCCUGGCACUAUAGUGCUCCUUUAAUUGUUGGAAAAGUGUUUUCUGUAAUUUAUCAAGUCCCUUUAGGUCUUCAAUUUACUAAAUGAACAAAGGUUCCAUUAAUGAUAAUAAUUAAUCACUUAAAGGAAUGUUUAUGUCACCAGGACCACUAAAGCUUAAUGUAGUGGUUGUGGUUCUAUAGCAUGUCCCUGUAGCCUUAGCACUUUAAGCACUGCCUUAUUAUAGAAAAGGCAGUGUUUGCAUUGAUGGCUAGUUAAACCAAUAGUGCCAGUCACUUAGGUGACUGCUAGAGCAGCUUUCUGUGUCAGUGCUGCACAACACUGGUGUUCAUAGUCUGAUGCUGAUUGGCACAGUGCACCUACACAUGUUUUUUCUGACACUAUAGUGUCCCUUCAAGCUUGACUGUUCAACAUGAUAUAUAUUUUUCGCAGAGUUAAUAUUGGUAAAUGGUGAUGUCGCGAACACAAUUUUCGGUUCGCGAACGGCGAACGCGAACUUCCGCAAAUGUUCGCGAACCGCCAUAGACUUCAAUGGGCAGGCGAAUUUUAAAACACACAGGGACUCUUUCUGGCCACAACAGGGAUGGAAAAGUUGUUUCAAGGGGACUAACACCUGGACUGUGGAAUGCCGGAGGGGGAUCCAUGGCAAAACUCCCAUGGAAAAUUACACAGUUGAUGAAGAGUCUGGUCUUAAUCCAUAAAGGGCAGAAAUCACCUAACAUUCCUAAAUCACAAUGAAUAUGGAUUGACACCUGACAUAUGACAUAUUGACACCUUGACAUAUGGAUUGACACCUGUCCUCAGAGCCCCUGAUACACACUGACACAGAGCAAAAUAGAGACUGUUCCUCCUACAUAGGGUCACUUGGCAGAUAUGGAUUGACACUUGUCCUCAGAGCCCCUUGUGACGAAAUGCCUUUUGUCCCUGGAUUGUUAGGUGACAAGCUGCCCUUUGCCCCCGGCUUUUGGAGGAGCCUGAUUGCCAGCCUCCUUCCUCAUGACUAUGGCCCUGGGGUGUAUUGCCAUUUAAAAAGACUAUUUGGGGCUUAUUGGCUUCUAAAGACAGUUUCUUCCCAUUGGAAUCCAUGGGAAGGUGUGUUUCUUCCCCUCCCCCGUUUCCUGUCUAUUGUUCUCCAGCAGGGAGUUGUCCCAGGGACACUGCCAGACCAGUGGGAACUGGUUUGGGCAGGAAAAGCCAUGCUUCCUUUGGUCACAAAGGACUUCUAACUAACUUUUGAACUAAUGGAAGGAUUUGCAUGAUUUUGGGAUAUGUUUGUAUUUGGGAUGUGCUGAUUAAUAAUAUGUGACGUUUAUUAAUAUUGGAUGUAUGGUUUUAGUUAUGAAAGUUGGGUAAAAAGUGUGUUUUAAAAUGUAUUAAUGAUUGGGUUACUUAGGCUAAGGGGAAGAGAUGUGUGGGAUGUAACCAUUGUGUGAUUGGGUAAUGUAUAAUUGUCUGUGGGCGUCUCCCUUGCAGGGGAGCAUUGCAUAAAAGCAGAGUAUGUGCCAUUAAAGGUUCAGAUCAUCUUGUACCUUCAUGCAGUUUUGGCUCAUGUUUGGGGGAUUGGAGAAACUACACUCUGGGGAUUGCUAUAACCACUAUACUCCCCAGGGUAUAAUCACUAAGCUCUGCUAAGAGCUUGUUCCUGUUCCUGCUCUGUGGAAUUUGGAGAGGUCGACCUACUGGAAGCUGGACCCUGGUCUUGGGUCCAGAGUGGGUGGAGACGGCGAGACCCCAACCAAGCUGCGGCGGUUCGUGGGGUCUGCAGUGGUUAUGGUGUCGGGCAGAGUGCUUGGAGUCCUCGGAAAGCACUAAGAGCAUCCGUCGGCGGAAGGUACCCGGUCGGGGUGCCAGCGGUUCCGUCACAGUGGUGGCAGCGGUGGGAUGGCAUCCUAGUGCGAGGAGAAGCAGCGCAGAGGCACCGGUAACAUUUGGAAUUACAAUUUGAGGGCAACGCUAGUAUUCGUACAGCGUCCCUGGUCACAGCAAACAUGACCUAUCGCUUUAAGGGUGCCGCUUACAGGGAGGAGGCAAAGAGGCGGUUAACCAGGUAUGGCCUGGAUCCCUCGUUAGAGACGAUCCUGGCAACCAUGCGCAAGUUGGAUGAGGAGAAUCGAGCGGCAUGGGAAUUUGAGCUCUGAUUGCGGAGAUUGGGGCUGUGGCCAAUUGAUCUCUCUCCCCAGCGGCAGACAGCAUCUCAGAGAGAGGAGAUUGUCGAUCCCUUGUCCCUGCAACAACCAUCAUCACUGGGAGUUGAGACAGUAGCUCUGACUCCCCAGCGGCAGUGUGUUGACAAGAGAGAAGAGACAACCGGUCUCUCUCCCCAGCAGCAGUGCAAGUUACAGGGAGCCGAAGGUGUCGCCCUUCCUCCCCAGCGGCAGUGUGAAUUCCAGGGGGCCGAAGGUGUUGUCCAUCCAUCCCAGCAGCAGUGUGUCCUACCGGGAGCAGAGACAGUUGGUCUCUCUCUCCAGCAGCAGGACAAUGUUAUGGGAGUGGAGACAGGCGGUCUCCCUCUCCAGCGGCAGACUGUGUUUCAGGGAGAGGAGCACAGCAUCCUAUCUCCCCAGCGGCAGCUUACCCUACCAAGGGGAGACACCAAUCUCCCAGAUGGCGCAGAGGGGACCAUGGUCUCCGUGCCCGACCUACAGGGAGGCUGGACUAUGUUCCCAGCAGAAGAGCUGACAGCUGGGCAGAGUGCAGUCGGCCUCUGCCCUCCCUGUGUCCCUUGUCCAGAGCCUGAUGUCCUGCAGCCUAUACCAGUGGAAGAGCUGGCAGCUGGGCAGAGUGCAGUUGGCCUCUGCCCUCCCUUUGACCCUUGUACAGAGCUUGACAUUCUGCCGGCUAUCCCAGCGCAAGAGCUGACAUCAGGGCAGAAUAGAGACUGUUCCCCCUACAUAGGGUCAAUUGGCAGAUAUGGAUUGACACCUGUCCUCAGAGCCCCUGAUACACACUGACACAGAGCAGAAUAGAGACUGUUCCUCCUACAUAGGGUCACUUGGCAGAUAUGGAUUGACUGUUCCCCCUACAUACACACUAUUGGAUCUCGCAAAACUUACCAAGGAUCUAAAUCAUGUUCCCGUAUCGUACAUGAAAAACCUACUCAUACAAAAUCUCUUCCCAAACGUCAUUUCGUUCAAAGUGGAGAGAAUGUUAAAAAAUAUAUAUUUUUGUUCUGAGUGUGAGAAAUGCUUUUCAGCCGCUUCUAAUCUUAAGCAUCAUUUGAGGAGCCAUACAGGAGAGAAACCUUAUUUUUGUUCUGAUUGUGGGAAAUAUUUCUCUCCGGCCACUUUUAUAUUCAAUCUAUAACAGUGAAAAAAGUUUUUUGUUUUUAAAUGCAAGCUAUUGUGACACCAGAUAUGAGUGGUGGCACUGACUGGGCAAAUGGGAACAGUAUCCACUGUGAGCCUGACACAGAAGCUGGCAGCAGUGGCAGACAACUAACUGCAAUUACAUUACACAAAAAAAAAAAAAAUAGCAGACUGAUGUUAUAGCCCUAAAAAAGGGCUUUUUGGCGUGCUGUCCUUACAGCAGAGAUCAGAUGAGACCUUCUGGACUGUAGUGGACACUGUAUACCCUACCUAGCUAUGCAUUUCCCUAUCUAAUCAACAGCAGCUACACUUUCCCUCCUCUCACUAAGCAUGCAGCUUGAGAAUGAAUAUAAAAUGGAUGCUGUCCAGUAGGUGAGAGGGUCUGCUAGGGAGGGUGUGCUGCUAAUUGGCUGGAAUGUAUCUGCUGACUGUGAGGUAAAGGGUCAAAGUUUACUCAAUGAUGACGAAUAGGGGGCGGAUCGAACCGCGCAUGUGUUCGCCGUCCGCGGCAGACGCGAACACGCUAUGUUCGCCGGCGACCCGUUCGGUGCAUCACUAUUGGUAAAAGUUCUGGAAAAAGUAUCUGUGGCUGUUUUUAAUGUUGUGAAUGGCUUAGAACCAAGUUGUGACGAAAGCAACUUCGCCACUGGUUUUUGGAGGGGUCUAUUUGCCAGCCUCCUACCCUGGGACUAUGGCCCCUGUGAAGGAAUUCCCAGCACCAUUCAGUUAUUUCCACUCCCUGCUAUAUACUUCCCUUGUUUCGUUUUAUUUUUUUCGUCCGUUCGGAAAAUCAUCGUUUUACCGAACGGAGACCACCCUGAGAUCUAAUUAGAACGUGGAACACUGUGUAGCAAUAUGAAAACCACAGACUAAUUGAAUACUCCUUGGUGGCUGCCAUUUCGUGCAUACGAAAGCACGUGGUGAGAACAAAGGUCGGCGGCCAUCUUGUCUCCCAAACGCAGCCAGUGGGACUUGGUCGUCGAGUGCCUGGAACUGUUUUGGGCAUGGCACUCGCACCAACCUCGGUCUACAUGGAAGUCCCCUACGUCCUAUUUCCCAGUAAGGUAGACUAACCGCGUUCCGGAGUUUGAAACAGACUAACAGGAGCAUUCUACACGAACCAGCUGUAUUUCAUCUAUUGCGGUUUUCGUAUGAAUCCACGCGAAUGGAGACCGGCUCUUGCUACAAAUUCUCUGGAACUCUUUUUCCGAUUCAACCUGGUGGCAGACCGGUCAACCUUCCACAUGGUGCCGUUCGAAAACCACUGAGCGGAUUGGGCUGAAUUUUUAAUAUGUUUCUCCCAUCGAGUUCAGAUAUCCAGGGAUAUGGAUAUAUUUUUGUGGGGGUUUUAUGUAUUUUUGGGGUAUUUUGGAAAAAUUUGAAAAUGUAAACUUUCCUGGCCAGCAGAUAAUUGAGUUUAGUAUGUUUCCUAAACUCCAUUACCUCACUGGCUCAGAGGAGGAGUUAUGUGUUGUAUAAAUUGGAUGCCCUUGCUUGCCAUUAAACAAGUCUUGUCUUGUUCCAGCAUUAAGCUUUGGCUCCUUUGUAGAUUAUUAUGCAACACCAGCGAUAUUGUAACCUUGGGAUUACUGGCGAUAUUAUUUCAUGGUAUAGGGGAAUGCUUGAUGGUGAUAGCUACUUAGACCGUCACAGUACUGUUUUUGCCCCUUGGACUUUUAACUGGAACAGAUUCAAACAUGUGGUGCCGGCCAUCUUAAAUUGUCCAGCAGUGUUUUGUCGUCAAGUUAAUGGAACGGUUUUGGGCAUGGGACCAUGUGCACGGUGGGGCAAAAAUAGGACUUCAAGGAAAUUCCUGAACCCCUGCUCUGAUCUCGGUGAUUUUUGGAUAUGUUGUUCACCCAGAUCGGAGCUAUCAGAGGAUGUGGGGAUAUGUUGUAUUUUGGGGUUCUUUUUGGGGUUUGUAAAAAUGUUUUUUUUCUGCUUAGAGUUAAAUGAGUUAGUCCAUUGUCUUCGUUAAUUAUAUCACAGGCAGAGGGGAGGGAUCAUGGACACUGUAUGGGAGUGACUGAAUGUAAAACUAUGUUUUUAUUGGCUUAUUGUUCCUGUGCCCCACAAGGUCCACCUGGGUGGUAACCUUGUGGGGAAAACUGUAUAAAAGACCAAGCUGUUCAAUAAACCCUCAGAUCUGCAGUUCCUGUUUGACCCUCAAUACGUCUUGUCUCGUGAUUGGAAGGGGAACUGCUAUGAUCACACUGGGGAUUGCUAUACUUUGUAUACUCCCCUGGGCUCUAAUCACUUAGCUCUUUUAAGAGCUGUUACCCUCUCCUGGAGGAGAGGUCUCUCCCACACGGUCCUGGAUGUCAUAGGUUGAUCCAGGGUGGAAGGAAGACGGAGAAAUUCCAGUUAAGCUAUGGUGGUUGUGGAGUCUGCGGUGGUUGUGGUGUGUGGUGCUUAUAGUCCUCGGCAUCAGCUAGGAAGCAUCCAUCAACUGAGGUACCCAGUCGCGGUGCCAGGUGAUCCGUUACAUUGGUGGCAAGUGGUGGGAUGGCUUUCUAGUGCAAGGAGCAGAAUCCUGGAGACACCGGUAACGUUUGAAUUAUAUUGAGGGCAAAGCUAGCAUUUGUGCAGCACCCCUGGAAGCAGAGGUGCCUCCAGGCUUGGAGCAGGCAAGCAUGGCAUCAUCUGACUCAUGCUCAGAAUUUCUGUUAGAGGUGUGGCAGCAAGUGGCCUGGUAAGUAGGUUUUCAUCACAUGAAUUAAAGCAAGCAGGUUUUCAUCACAUGAAUUAAAGCAAGCAGGUUUUCAUCACAUGAAUUAAAGCAAGCAGGUUUUCAUCACAUGAAUUAAAGCAAGCAGGUUUUCAUCACAUGAAUUAAUUCAUGUUUAAGCAUGUCUAUAUAUAGUGUCUAUAUGUGUGUGUGUAUUCUAAAUGUAUGUAUCCUGCAUUUAUCUAGAGGCACAUACAAAGAAAAAUAUACAAAAUCUGCUGAUUGUAAUUUUCAUUGCCUCAUCCUGUGAAAUAUCUUAGGUCUAACGUUUUUAAUCUAUUUUUGGCUUUUGCUUUUUUUGUUUUUUUUCUUCAGACUUUACCGAGAAAUGUAAAAAACACAAAAUCGCUGGGCUCAAUCAAUAGUUGCCAAGAAGGUGAAGACUCUUCAGACUCAGAAGAAUCACCAAGUGAUAGUCUAUUUUUCAAUACAGGUCCAUUAAAUCAAAAGAGAAGAAUGAACCUGAAGGGCAUUCCACAAGUGCGUAAAAAACAUAUUUCUAUAUUUGCUUGCUACAAAAGUAGGUUUCUUAAAAUAUUCUAUUGUACGUGGACAAUCAAAUCAAAAAUACAAAAGUGCAAUGGUGUGCAGGUGCUUCCAACUAGAGAUGAAACCAAUAGGUGUAAUAUAAAUGUAUUCCCUAGCACUAAAAAAAAAAAAAAAAAAUAUUACAUUACUACUAUACUACUAAGAAUGUAGAUAAAAUACAUAGUGCAUAUGGCUCUAUAUAAAAGCUCCAGGGUGCCUUAGAAAGGCUAACACGAUAUCCUUGAAGGAGAAUAGCAGGAGACUUCCAUAAGGUAUAUACAUAAACUUUAUUCAAUAGUAAAAGUAAAGGGACAAAUGCGCAGUGACAAAAUAUAUAAAAACACAUUUCAAUUCCUCCUUGAGUCUUACUCAGUGUGGUGUCCUAUCCGUAAUCCAAAUAUAUACAGUCAGAAUCAUGACUCAAGCCGGCACAACUGCACCUCUUCCUAUUUCCAGCGUAACACAUAUGCGUUAGAGUGUCGCAUCCAGAAAACGUUUUAUCACAUGACGCGGCCACAGGCCGCGUCAGUUCCUGGUUCGUAAUGCCAGGAGAGUGAGGGCAGAUAGUAAAGAAUCUUAUCUUGAGUAAGGGCAAAUAGUCCGCCUAAAAUGACAAUACAAACUUGAUUUGAUGAAAUAAAAAUUGUGACCACAGUAUAACCCAAACCUACAUAAAAAAGGAUUAAAUAAAAACAACAUUCUAAAAGACAAGCAUAGUUAAUGUGACCAUGAGUAUAUCGAUAUACGCAAUGGUUUAUGCAAUAACUGUGAUGAGGCUAACCUUAAAGAAACAGUAUAUGAAAAUAUUUUAUUAUGAAAGAAUAGGAAAUAUAAAAAAAAUUACAAUAGUAAAAAAAAAAAAAUAUACAUAUCAAAAUGAGAUGUAAAAAAAAUAUAAAACACAUUUUAAUUUUUUUUCAAAAAAAUUGAUUAAUUCAAAAUCUAAAUAUAACCCUUUGGGGGCUAGAGGAUCUAGAGUAAAAAUCAAUUUGCUUUCAAUUUUACAUAAUUCUUUAAGGUUGUUUACAGGAGAAAAAAGGAAACCUAGUAUGAAUAAUAAUUCUGUGCCCUUUAAAUCAGGUACUUUUUCUCCGAGUUGGAAACAGGCUGAGACUGGUAAAAAAUAAAAAAAUUAUUCAUCCUACAUUUUCAUUUGAACAUUCUUAUAGAUUUAAAACUCUACCUAUGAAAUUUCCAGGAAAGUUUGAUCAUGGUUUGGAUUCGUCUUUGCCCUCUGGUUCUUCAUCUUUCCUAGACCGGAACCCUUCGUCUCUGACCCACAGAACCUCUCUAAAAAGGGUGUGGGAAUGGGGAGAAGCGGAAUCCGAGCCAUGCGUCCUCUUAGAGGGGAGAAAGAGGGGAAAAACGAACCUAUAG